AAAAAAAAACGAUGCCAUUUUAGUUAUAUCUGUUGUAAUGCGCGGAUUCAAACACGGGAAACAGGCAAAUGAUUUGUUUAAGCUGACGAUUCGUUUAAAGUGUUUAAAAGACUUUAAAGUGCUAAACAAAUAACGUAAAAUGGUGAAGUAGGUGUAUUAUUAGGAGCACUAGAGGGGCCAUGGGUUCUGGUUACUAAUUUCUCCA